UCAAACUCACACGGGUGGGGCCGACCGAGCCUUAAACGUUAGCCAAGAUGCCCAUUGCUCGCCGGCCGCUCGCACCCUGCUACCUGGGUCCUCCCAAGGAGGUGGACGGGCCGCCAGAGGGAUAUGCUCGCAUCUAUCACAACAGGCGCCGCACAGCAUGGACAGACUACAAAUUGGGUUCCAAGGAGGCAGAGACGGCGAAUCAAACGCUGUCAAGGCAGUCGACGGCGGAUACGGAUUUCGGUUCACCAUCGAGGCCCGAGAUCAAGAUGAGUCCGUCCACGCGGAAUCUGCUGGUCACUUUGGAGGCCCAGAAAUGCAUCGGCUGCUGCAUCCAGAGGACCAAGGUGCUGGAGGAUGCCCUGACCUACUGCAGGAUCCCAGGCUACUGUGAGAACUGCCCCUGCACAGAUGAUGGCUGGAGUCCCUUGCUGAUCGCUACUCAGCGCAGAGAUGCGGAGUCAGUGGAGACGUUGCUGUCGAAUGGUGCGGAGGUGGAUUGUAAAGAACCUCAAAGCGGGUGGACUCCACUGAUGUUUGCAGCAUCUUUGGGAGAUUGCUAUAUCGUGAAGCUGCUAUUGAAAUACAAUGCUUCCGUGAACGCCUUUGCCUCCCCGCAUGACUGGAACCCUCUGUGUGCGGCGAUACAGGCGAAUAACAAGGAUGUUGUUCGGGUGCUGUUGGAUGCUGGGGCGGACAUUUCCCUCAUUAAGAAGAGACAUCCAGCCCUGGCAGAAGUUUAUGAAAGCGAGCUCAACCGUUUGCAGUGGUGAGCGCCCCGUGGGCAAGAGUCGCACAGGUUGACGUUGGAUUCGGCUGCCUGAAACAUUGAUGGGCUGAACAGUGGCUCCUCC